UUUCUCAAUGGAAGGGCUCUGAAUUCAUCAAUGGGACAAGACUUGGAGCUGGAUAUAAGUGAAAAGUAUUCAGUGGGUCUGAGUCCCAAUACCGUUCUUCCGUCUUCGAAUGCAAAGAGAUCCAGAAAAGGAAAACCCUCCGGGAAAGAUGGUUUUAUAACCCUCAAGGGGGACUUUGCAGAUAUAAAACUUGCUCACUUUCGCAGUGCUUCAUGUAAGAGUCAUUUCUCCAGCACUCAUGGAUUGGAAGGUAACAUUGAAAUGAGGCGUGGCUCCAUGUAUCAGAGUUCAGAGGAAAGAAAAGCUGUAAGGAAAAUGGGCAUGGAAGGAAGGAAGAAAAUUGAAAUUUCCAGGAGGAGUGACAUCUCUUUCUCAGGUAGCAUUCUUGAUUCUUUGUGUGGUUCAGAUGCCGAAGAUUCUGAGCCGAGAACAUCGGAGAUAUCUCCGGAUUCAAACUUGGGUUCCCUAUCGGUUUCCAGGUCAUUGGCUUACAUGGAGCCAAAGUCUUCAAAAGACUUCAUUGAAAUUUGCAUGAGUUCAGAUGUCAAGCAUGGGAGAGGUUUUACAAAUUUAAGAAGUGAUAAAAUUGCUGAUUCUCUAAUUCAUGGCAAUUCUCAUCUUGAAAAGGACACGGUUCACUCACUGAAAAAGUCAGUCUCUGCUAAGGUGGAAGUCUCUCACUUGUUGCUAUCACCAUCAGAAAGUGAUUGCUCAUCAAGUGCAAGUUCAAAAGUUGAACUUAACCCUCUUAGGAAAAGGAUGAAUCAAUUCACAAAGUCAAAAUCUUUGAGAAGUCCAACAAGCCAUAAGGUGGAAACUAAUGAGGCCAGAUCAAAUGAGACUGCAAACAUUACAAGGAGCAGGACAUAUCAGAAAUCGUUGUUAAGUGAUUUAUCUAACACAGGGAAACAGUCUGACAUUAUUUCUGAGUUCAUCAGUAGAGAAAUCCAGUAUUCAGGUAUAGCAUCCUCACCAGUUCACCUGCAUGGUAAUCUCAGGAUAGAAAACAAACAUGGAGUACCAUUUUUGGAGUUCAAGGUCAGGUGCCCUGAAGAUGUCUUUGUGGCGAAGGCAUGGAGAACUCGUCAUGCUUUUAAUUGGGUAUAUACCUUCCACUCCAUUGAUAAUAGAAAGAAGAGCAGUGCAAGUGCAACCGGCUCAGAAUCCCAUGAGUUUGACAAAGAUUGCUCCAUGGUAGCACAGAUGGUAGUUUCCAGCAAUUUAGGUUCCGAACAAGAAAGCCAAGUAUCUGAUAACUCUAUGGUGACAGAAUUUGUGUUGUAUGAUUUUACACACUCAAGACCAAGUGUUUCACAUGAAACAAAGUCUUUCUGUGAGCAAGAUGCUUCUGAGAGACGAAAAGCUUCCAAGGAAGAGACUUUGAGGCUGGAUGAAGAGAAUCUUGCUAGUAAAAACAAACGUCAAUACAAGCCUCUAUCAACUGGUGUCAAAUUGGAUUACACAGAUUCUUAUCAUUUGUUGUCCACUAGAUCAUAUUCAAACGUCGAAAGUGCUGCUAUUGUUUUAGAAAUUCCAUUUUCUAGGAGAGAAAGCUUGAAGUACAGAAGAGGAGAUAGAAUAAGUGCUAAAGAGUACUCUAGCAUUAGGGAUCAGAGUAGAAAUAGCCUUAAUGAGAGAAAAUUCCAGGAACAGUUGAAGGUGGUGAUACCAACAGGCAAUCAUGGUUUACCAGACACCGAAAGUCAAGGUCCGUCGUCAUUACUUGAUCGAUUGAGACAUGGUGGAGGUUGUGACUGUGGUGGCUGGGACAUGGCCUGUCCCCUUAUUCUUUUAGGCAAUCCUAGUAUUCAAUUUUCCGAAGACUGCCCUCUUAUGGAGGAAUAUCAAGCACUGGAACUCUUCAUUCAGGGGGCAAAAGAAUGUAGCCCUACAUUCAGCAUGAGGAGAAUUGAAGAGGGCCAAUAUGCAGUGGAUUUUCAUGUGCAAUUAUCCACGUUACAAGCAUUCUCUAUCAGUGUUGCUAUUUUGCAUGGCAGUUCCAACUUCAGCGAAGCAAGGCAAAAUAAACCCCAACAACUAUCUCAAUGCAGCUCACUAAAAAUGCUUAUUGAGGAGGAUGUAGAGUUUUACAUCAAAUCAGUCACAAAGGAGGAGAGCAGGAAAACAGUGUCCAAGACUCGGAAAGGAAUCCCUCGACCGUAUGCACUGAACCCACCUUUUUCUCCUAUUGCGCGAGUAUAGAGUGUAAUUCAGGAUUAAGAUCUCAGCUUGGAGACAUGAAGACAGAAGCAAAGUGAUUGCAUGACAAAAUAUCUGUUGUCUCUUAUCCCUCCACCAGCCUUAUGCUCUUAAAGUCAUUGCUGGUUGUAGGGACUCUGCUUCUAGGAGACGAGCUGAACUUUUGUAACAAGCAAAAUAGAGGAUCUUAGUGAUGAUUCCAUUUGCAUGGAUAUAAAGUUUUGUUGCUGGAGGAAAUGCCUUGCUCACUGAAGCUAAGAAAAAUGCACUCUGAAUGGGAAAUACAGAGAGGAAAUGUAAAUGAUCUGCUGCAUUAGGGAUAUGAUAUUCAGAAUCAUUCUUUGUAAUAAAUUCUUUCAUGCCAGUCACUAAAAGUUCAUGGGAUAGCAUGAGAAUAUUGUCUAUAUUGUAAUGGGGGCAGUUAGAUGGGGGGAAAUCUUUGAACCAGGUAGAAGAUAGCAUAGAAGCCCUUUUCUCUCUUCCAGUUUGUAUGUGUAUCUAUUAAGAAUCUCAAAGGAAAAUUGAUGGGAAGUGGACUGGAAUGAA